GCUGAGUUUUACAGCACCAAGACAACUUCUGCCUCUCUGUCGGCUCUGUCGAGAGCCAGGAGCCGAUAGCGUUGAACUUUCACCGGCCUAUUCAGCUCACCGCGCAGAGAUGGCUCUCCACUCGUUUCUCAUCGUCUUCCUCCUUUUCUCCCUACUCGGCGGCGCAGCACCGGAUAUUAACUCCGACCGUGCUGCCUUGCUCGCCUUCCGCGACUCCCUCGGUCGAGCCGUGCUCCCGUGGAACGCGACGAACUCCCCCUGCACAUGGCAGGGCGUCCGAUGCUUACAGAACCGAGUUGUUAUCCUUCGUCUCCCCGCCGUCGGUCUCA